AUGGCUGUCAAAAACUGUGUCAUAGAUGCAAUUCCUUUCUCAAACCAAACAAGGGUUGAUUUAGUGGACCAUGGUGCAAGUAUCGUUGUUGCUUGUAACACGGGCUACUCCACCGGUAUGGGCAAUCUAACAGAGCUCAUGUGUGAUAAUGGAACACUUACUGAACCUCCUGUCUGUUAUGAGAUUUUUCCUUGUUCACUAUCAAACACGGACGUACCGAUGGCGGUGGUUUGUGAUGGAUAUUACGACUGUGAUCAUUACGAGGAUGAAUCGAAUUGCAAUAAUCCUGUUACACACCUAGAGAAAGGCCAAUCGCUUACUAUAAGCACGCCAUCUUACACAAGAGGAUUCUACAAUACAACCUUGUUGAAAUCGAAUACUACAAAUGGAUUUCGAAUUGUGUUCCAUUAUUUGUAUAUUAGUUAUCGUGAUGAAAUCCGAAUAGGGACAGGGAACGAUCCAUCCGAUAUCCAGUCUAUCGUUACAACUUUCAGUGGUAUAUACUACUCGGAUCAUGUAUACAUAGAUACCCAUAAAAUGUGGGUUGUUGUUAUAGGAUCGCAACAGAACAGUUAUAUUAAUCUGAACAUAAUCGUUACUGCCAUCGAUUUGCUUAAUUCCUUUCCUUGUACGUCGUCUUACAUGAACGUGUCAGUGACGUUGGUUUGUGAUGGAUAUUACGACUGCGAUAAUUAUGAAGAUGAAUCACUAUGCGAUAACCCAGUUACACACCUAGAGGAAGGCCAAUCACUUACUAUAAGCACGCUAUCUUACACAGGAGGAUUCUACAAUACAACCUUGUUGAAAUCGAAUACUACAAAUGGGUUUCGAAUUGUGUUCCAUCGUUGGUAUAGUAAUUCUUAUGAUGAUGAAAUUCGAAUAGGGACAGGGAACGAUCCAUCUGAUCUCGAGUCUAUUGUUACAACUAUCUAUGGAUAUGAUUACUACGCGGAUCAUGUAUACAUACAUACCCAUAAAAUGUGGGUUGUUGUUAUAGGAUCGCAACAGAACGGUUAUAUUAAUCUGAACAUAAUCGUUACUGCCAUCGAUUUGCUUAAUUCCUUUCCUUGUACGUCGUCUUACAUGAACGUGUCAGUGACGUUGGUUUGUGAUGGAUAUUACGAUUGCGAUAAUUAUGAAGACGAAUCACUAUGCGAAUAUCCCUCAAGCUAUCUUCAGACAGGCGAAUAUUUUAUCUACGUCAACAACGUGACACGCAAAGGAUCAUACAAUGCCCACUUGUUUCAAACAAAUGUUACGAAUGGAUUCCAAAUUAUAUUCAGGGAUUUAUAUCUCUAUUUUGACGAAAAAAUCCAGAUAGGGACAGGUACUGAUCCGUCUGAUCUACAUUCUGUCAUCACAACCAUCAAUGGGUAUAGACAUUGCUGUCCCAGUGACGUUUACGUAGAGAGCAGUGAUAUGUGGAUUGCUAUCAUAGGAAGCAUCGAAUACCCCCUGCUUGAACUGAAUGCUGAGAUUAGAUCAACUGAAAUAUUUGAGAUUUUUCCUUGUUCACUAUCAAACAUGGACGUACCGAUGGCGAUGGUUUGUGAUGGAUAUUACGACUGUGAUCAUUACGAGGAUGAAUCAAAUUGCACUCAUCCAGUUACACACCUUGAGGAAGGCCAAUCACUUACUAUAACCUCGCUAUCUAACACAAGAGGAUUCUACAAUACAACCCUGUUGAAAGCAAAUACUACAAAUGGGAUUCGAAUUGUGUUCCAUCGUUUGAAUCUUAAUUAUGAUGAUGAAAUCCGAAUAGGGACAGGGAACGAUCCAUCUGAUCUCGAGUCUAUUGUUACUACUGUCCAUGGAUAUGCAUCCUACGCGAAAGAUGUAUACAUAGAUACCCAUAAAAUGUGGGUUGUUGUUAUAGGAUCGAAACAGAACAGUCAUAUUAAUCUGAAAAUAAGCGUUACUGCCAUUGAUUUUCUUAAUUUCUUUCCUUGUACAUCGUCUUCCAUGAACGUGUCAGUGACGUUGACUUGUGAUGGAUAUUACGACUGCGAUAAUUAUGAAGACGAAUCAUCAUGCAAAUAUCCCACAAGCUAUCUUCAGACAAGCGAAUAUUUUAACUACCUCAACAACAUGACACGCAAAGGAUCAUACAAUGCCCACUUGUUUCAAACAAAUGUUACGAAUGGAUUUCAAAUCAUAUUCAGGGAUUUAUAUCUCUAUUAUGACGAACACAUCCAGAUAGGGAAUGGUACUGAUCCGUCUGAUCUACAGUCUGUCAUCACAACCAUCAAUGGAUAUAGACAUUGCUGUCCUAGUGAUGUUUACGUAGAGAGCAGUGAUAUGUGGAUCGCGAUCAUAGGAGGCAUCGAAUACCCCCUGCUUGAACUGAAUGCUGAGAUAAUAUCUACUGAUCUUACAACUCUCUAUAGAUGUUCGAUUUCUGACAAACUUUUUCCAACAUCCACCCUUUGCGAUGGAUUUUACCACUGCGAUAAUUUCGAGGAUGAAUUAGCAUGCAAUCACUCUGCAAAGUUUUUAGCCACUGGCCAAUUUACUUUCAUCACCCCUUAUAUCGUGGACAGAGGGCAUUUUGGUAUAUCAGUUCUACGCACAAACGCGUCAGCUAUAUUUCGACUCGAGUUCCAGGAGGAUCAUCGUCAAAGCAAUUAUGACACAAUUCAAAUAGGAACCGGAAAUGACGUCAAAUCAGCCAUUAGAACAUUCUAUAGACAUUCUCCUUACCAUCAUGAUAUAUACGUAGGGUCAAAUGUUAUUUGGAUUGCUGUUAUUGGUCAUAAGGACUACAACUACUAUAACAGUUAUUAUGACUACUAUGACUAUAAUUACGGCAACAGCGAGAUCAACAUUAAGGUCACUGCAAUUGACAGGUCUAAUUUACAGGAAUGCGGAAUGACUGGCCUGUUUUUCUCAAACAAUGACCGAUGCGAUGAAGUCCUCACGUGCCCAGACUUUGCCGAUGAAAAAGAGUGCAGUCAUCCAUCAAUUUUUCUGCUGGAAAACGAAAAUUAUACAAUUGCAUUUUCCGAUAUCAAAGAACGGAUCUACAAUGUAUCACUUUUUAAGACCAACGCCUCGAAUGGAUUUCGAAUAAGGUUUUUGGAUAUCUUCCUUGAUUGCUAUAUUCAAAGUUAUUAUGAUAAUUAUGGACAAUGCGACGAUGCUAUAAUUCAGAUAGGCACCGGAUAUGGUAGUGCUGACAGACGAUCGAUUGUGAAAACACUUCGUGCUUUCACUUAUUCCGAAGACGAUAUUUACGUGGGAUCCAGUGAGAUGUGGAUAUCAAUCAGCGAUGUUUGGAGAUAUGGCAGGUAUGGCUCAAAGUACGUUUACGGCCAUGGCGAGAUUGAAGUGAGCACUGUCAGGUUGAAUAGUCUCAGUUCCUGUGCCAACUCGGAUCAGGAGAUUUCUCAAGACGAUAUCUGUGACGGAUUUUAUCACUGCGAUGAUUAUUCAGAUGAAAUGCAUUGCGAUUAUACAGAUGUAGUUUUGCAUGAAGGAGAAUCGUUUGGUAUAAACGUAGCUAAUGAUGCACGCAGAUCAUAUAAUACUACAAUACUUCGUACGAAUUCAACGUUGGGAUUCCGAGUGCAUUUUGGCUACUACUACGAUGUUUGGUAUGGGGCUCGUAUUGCAGUUGGCACACGUAACAACUCAAGUCCAAUUUUCCAAUGGUUCUUCAGCAGUAGCUACUACUAUUCAUAUCAUGAGUUUGACUUGUAUAUGAAAACAAAUGAAAUAUGGAUUGCCAUCAUUGGUGGAGAUUAUCCGAAUUAUGGAGUUACAGAAAUCAUUGUCACUUCGGUUGACGUAUCAGACUUGUAUACCUGCCCGGGAAAUCCCUAUAUCGGAGUUCCUCAAAAUAAACUAUGUGAUGGAAGGUAUCAAUGCAGCAAUUAUGAAGACGAAUCGUCAUGCAACCAAUCUUCACUACUUAUAAACGGCGAGCCGUUUUACUUCGGUGUCUACAGUUGGGAGGACGAGUAUCAACGACUUUACAGAGAUUGGCUCUUCGAAACUAACACUGGAAAUGGCUUUCUUGUUACAUUAUAUACAUACCAAGACUACUGUUACUACGAUUACUGUGGACAUGAGUUCACCGUUAUUAUUGGGACAGGGAAAGAUUCAACCGACCAGGAGUCCGUUUUUCAAACAUACACUACCAACGCUAGUCAUUUGUCGUACUAUAGCAGAUAUGAGGAGUUGUAUGUGGAGAGCCAAGAUAUAUGGAUUGUUUUGAUUGGUCCGCAGUUUGAUGGAUACGGUCACUACAGCGAAAUUGAAUUACACCUAACUGCCGUUAACAUAUCUGACUUGUAUACCUGCCCGGGAAAUCCCUAUAUCGGAGUUCCUCAAAAUAAACUAUGUGAUGGAAGGUAUCAAUGCAGCAAUUAUGAAGACGAAUCGUCAUGCAACCAAUCUUCACUACUUAUAAACGGCGAGCCGUUUUACUUCGGUGUCUACAGUUGGGAGGACGAGUAUCAACGACUUUACAGAGAUUGGCUCUUCGAAACUAACACUGGAAAUGGCUUUCUUGUUACAUUAUAUACAUACCAAGACUACUGUUACUACGAUUACUGUGGACAUGAGUUCACCGUUAUUAUUGGGACAGGGAAAGAUUCAACCGACCAGGAGUCCGUUUUUCAAACAUACACUACCAACGCUAGUCAUUUGUCGUACUAUAGCAGAUAUGAGGAGUUGUAUGUGGAGAGCCAAGAUAUAUGGAUUGUUUUGAUUGGUCCGCAGUUUGAUGGAUACGGUCACUACAGCGAAAUUGAAUUACACCUAACUGCCGUUAACAUAUCUGGAUGGAUACCAUGCAAGGAUUCAAGAACAAGUGUGCCUCCAGAUUACGCAUGUAACGGACGGUACGAAUGCGACGAUUACGGAGAUGAAACAUCAUGUGAACGUUCACCGACCAUCAUCAGUGAAGGGGAAUCUUAUGCCAUCUCAGAUUUGGAAUUGUUUGAACGGGAAUACCAUGCCUACAUUCUACAAACCAAUCAAUACUCUGGAUUUCAUAUCAGGUUCCAACACAUCUCUCUUGGCUGUUGUGAUGGGCGUGUGCAGAUCGGAACGGGGACUGACCUAUCUGACGAAGAGUCUGUUAUAAUGUCCAUCCAGGGAUAUACAAAUUAUGUCGAUGAUGUUUAUGUGAAUACUACCUACAUGUGGCUUGUCAUGACUGGUCAGAAGGACUCUGGCUACUAUGGCUAUCCUAAUGGUCAUGUCGAUAUAAUUGUAACUGCUAUUUCUCUCUCCGGUGAAUGUCUCUCAAACCCCUGUCUAAACGGAGGGACUUGUAAUUACCUUCCUGAUGGCGGAUACCGAUGCGACUGCAUGGAUACCUUUACCGGGGUCAGCUGUGAAAUAGCAAACACUAAUCCCUGUAUCGAACAAGAUCAGUGUGUCUAUGGUGUCUGCAUUAACGUAGGACAAGGACAGUAUGAGUGCGAAUGCCAAGAUAAUUAUGACGGGAUUCAUUGUGAUGAACCCAUUCUUCCAAUAGAGGUUUCCCACCAUCCGUCUAGCCAAAUAGUCAAUAUCAAUUCCAAUGUAAAUCUGACAUGCGGUUUCAACCAUGCCAAGCGGUACUACUGGUACAAAACUGUCAGGGAAGGAGAAGAUGGUGUCCUUUUGACAAACAGUGAGAAUCGGAAUCCUCUGAUGAUCAUGUCUGCCUCGCACAAUGACAUCGGGUAUUAUUUCUGCAGAGGUGAAGGUAGAAAUGGAAAACAUUUGGAGACGUUGCGAGCAUCUGUAUAUCUCAGAGACCUAACCAAUAUACAAGUUUUGAAUGUUCGAUUUGCUACUCCGUUUCGCGAAGAGCUUCGUGACCAAACUUCCAUGAUAUAUAAAGAAACGGCUUCUAAUAUCACCAACUUUAUGGAAGAAGGUCUGAGAACAAGUACCGGUCUCGAAGGUGUAUCGGUAGUAUGUAGAGCUCUAAGACCAGGAAGUAUCGAGGCUGAUUUGAAUAUCUACCUUGUUGAGACCAAUAUGACGGCACUGGAUACAGAACGUAUAAUCAGUGAAUCUAUUCAAAGUAUGGCAGAAAACUCCGAUGGUUUUCUAGAUUCAUUCGCGAUUUCAGUUCAAAAUAACGCAAUUUGCCGGAAUAUAUCAUGGAUAUCCCCGCGUCUCGAGAGGGUCGAAUUUCCAAUUGGUGAAAAUGGAACGUGGGAGAACUCAACAGGAAGAUGUCCAUUCAACACUACGCAAGCUGAUGGGCCUAUUGGACGAGCGCUUUGUAUCGGAGAUGGCAUUACACAGAGUCGAUGGCAACCUAUGGAUAAUUGUGGACCUUUUAGAAAUGUAACAGAUAUUCUCACACAAAUUGCAGAGGCAAGCAUAACUGAAGAAAACGCCGGUGAAGUGAGCCAACAAGUGGAAGCAGUUUCUUCAAAUGUCGAAGAUAUCACACCGGAUGACAUCACAUUGAUAGCCGAGAUAACAUCGAGUAUUGUUCAACAAAAUGUUACAAAUGAACAGGUAACCAAGGAUAUAACUGGUACUCUAAGCAACGUAGCAGAGGUGCAAACAGGUGUACUCGAAGCUGCGGGGGAAGCAGUUUCUAUAUUAAGAGAAGCUUUUGAGGAGCUAAUCAGUCAAGUUGAGGUUGCCGAUGGUGAGAUGCUCAAUAUUCAGCAGCCAAAUGUUGCUGUGCAGAUCCAGAGUGUAUCUGCUGAUGAGGGAAUGGAUGGACUUGUUCUUUCUCUGGCCGGAUCUAGUCUUUCUGAUCUCACCAAGGCCAAUUUUACCAUCAGCACUCCUACCCAAGGUGAACACCAGGACGAUGACAUUGCUUCCAAACCAGACACCAUCGCACAGGUCAAUAUCCCAUCUUCAGUUUCAUCAGCCAUAUCAUCCAGGGAUCCUCUUACGGGAUCGUCGUCGAAUGGCAGCGGUGAAUACAUCCGUGUAAACUUCAACGUGUUUUCAACUCCAGCCUUAUUCAUUUCCAAAUCACUGCGUGAAUUCAGUGCAGAUGAUGAAGCCGUCAAUCGGUCAGCUAACACUCCUGUCAUAUCCGUCAGCAUCGGUGGGAGAAAAGUUGAAUCCUUGGCUGAACCCAUAAGCUUUACAUUUUCGACAUUAAUGUCUGGAUAUGUUAAUCCUAUGUGUUCAUUCUGGGAUGAUGAAGAAGCAGAUUGGGCCCAAGAUGGAUGUUCCCUCAUUUCAAGAGUCGGAUCAACCGAUGAUGAUAAUUACGCCAACUCUGAAUCAACGCAGGAUGGAUCCUUGGAUGAGAGAGUGCGCUGUGCGUGUGACCAUCUCACCAACUUCGCCGUAUUAAUGGAUAUCCGAAUACAGAACUCCCCAGAGGUGGUUUACAACAUUCUAACCUACAUCGGAUGCUGUCUCUCGAUCCUUAGUCUCCUCGUCACAUUGGCAACCUAUCUCUGGACCAAGAAUUUGAGGACGAAACAGACCAGCCAGAUCUUCAUCUGUUUAUGCGCAACUUUACUGUGUCUCUACAUAACGUUCGUCAUCAUGAUCUCUCUGGAUUCGAUCAGAGAUUACCGUGAGGUUCAAGCAGGACCUUGUGGGUUCCUUUCAGCCCUUGUACACUACUUCGUGCUCUCCUCUAUUGCAUGGAUGGGAGUGGAAGGAUACAAUACAUAUCUUAUCAUUGUGAAGAUAUUCAACACCUACAUCCCAAACUUCAUGAUCAAGGCAUGUCUGGCUGCAUGGGGAGUUCCUGCACUCAUUGUGCUUCUCACAGGAGUUAUUGCCAGAGGCUCAUAUGCCCAUGAUGAUCUGUGUUUUCUACAAUUCUGGGCUCAAAUUGGUGGUCUCCUGAUUCCCAUGUCAAUCAUCAUCGUCAUCAACAUCGUCAUCUUCGUCCUGGUCAUUCGUCAGUUGUUCAAAUCCGCAAAAAUCGCUGGUCGGGUGAAGAGGGAAGCUGAGGUUGAACGUCGAGAGACCAUCGAACGAGUCCAGAAUGCGAUUUGUAUCCUGCUCCUUCUUGGUCUGACUUGGAUCACAGGUUAUUUUCUGCUGAUUCCAUCAUUUAGUCCGGUGGCUCAGCCAAUCUUUAUCGUCCUGAACUCCUUCCAAGGACUGUUCAUCUUCCUACUCUACUGCGUCAGGAAACCUCACAUCCGCAAGAAAUGGGGGCUAACUUGCUUUGACAAGAAGAAAGAGGUCAGCACUACUUCUGGUGGUGUACAAAGUUCACUAAACCCAUCCAGCACAUCAGCUGGUGUCGUGAGCGGCGCGAUUGGAUUGUUGUCUCCGGGUUCAUCUGGUAAUUUCACAUUGCCUACAAAUAAAGCGGACCCUGUAUGUCUGCACAACCCAACAUAUGACGUAUGGCAGAUUGCGGAAGACGUUGCCCCACCACUUGACAAUGAUGUCCAAAAUUCUAAAGAGGGGCAGAAGAACAAAGAAAGCGAUGAAACUGAUACUGGGAUGGUUAGUGUCCGCGUUGGUGACCCGGCCCAAGAGGCCCGGGAGGAGGGCACUAAAUAGUUCUUAGACAUGAUAAGUAAGACCUAGUUAGAUCGGCUACCGCUUCAACGAUGUCAGCAACGAGUUGGUUCUACUGUUCAGUCUGGUAAUAACCAGUACGUGCCCCGUUGUACAAAGAGUUACGAUUGAUCCAAUCAAUCGCAACUAUGGAAAGCCAGCAAAGUCAACAUAUGACAUGCAUGUUUGUUCAAAAAAAAUUCUAGAUAUGAAUCCAUAUCCAUAAAUUCAUUGAUUUCUUGACAAUUUGGAGUGUUCUCCUUUGAUUACAAAGGACAUUUUGCAAAUUUCCUGUAGAGAAAAUUAUGACAUUAUGAUUAGAGUUAGUUACGAUUGAUCGGAUCAAUCGUAACUCUUUGUACAAAUGAAUGUUGAAAUUGCACCGUCGCCAUUCGACAUUCUUCCUCUACAACUAUCAAAUUGACUAAUCAGAGAUUCUUGAAUUGCAUAUAUAUAUAACACUGCCGACUUAUAAGACAGCUUUGGCUUUAAUACUUUCAUAAGUUAUUUUCAUAAACAAGAAUGGUUUCUCAUAUUACAGAGGCCAUGGGAUCGGAGGGGGGGGGGGGCUGUCCUAACCUCCUUUUACACUUUUUUGUUCAGUACCAUGCGCGCAAAAACGUAAAAAUUACGGUCAAAUCAAAUUUGAUUAUGAUGCUGCAGCCCCCCCCCCCUCCAAAUUGCUCUGUGGCCUUUUACAGAUACCAAUAAUCCAGUAGAUAAGUACAAUUUAUGUGAGGUAUGUGUGUGUGUGAUUGCGUGUUAAAUGGCGUACAUGCAUGUUUGUAUGUUUGGUGUAGGGAUGAAAAUCAUUUGUGAUUUCAAAAUGAAAUACAGUUAUUGUCAUGCCUGCUAGAUGACAUAUUGAGGUGUAUUACUCGGAGAGGAGAUAUAUAUUUUUCUUCAUUUUUCUUUGGGAAAUGCAUUAAUUAGUAUUAUGAUUCGUAUCACAGCUUUCCAAAUAUUGACUGCUGCGAUGCAGGAUGUAAACACAAUACAACGUUCUUCAGUUCUUAAUAAUUAUGUCUUAACGGAUUUCUAUUUCAUGUAUACAGUGUGUUGUUCAUAUUUGAGGUAAAUUACUUAGCUAUGAGAGGUGCAUAAAUUCAGCUUAUCAGGUUGUUUCUCGAAAUAAUUAUUUGUUUUUAAGUAUGCAAAAAAAAAUUUCUGGUAAUGCUGCUGAAAUAAACUUUUUAAUCAUUGUAAUCGUCCGCAUACAUAUUGUGACUAAAUUCAUGUUGUUUUCUACUCCAGACUUAUUUGUUGUCAUACAGUGUACGCGGAUAAAUUUGUACAUUACAUUAUAUGAUUGUUCAGUUAUAAUUGCAUUAAGUAUGGCCAAUAACUCCUUAUUCCAUCACUAAAAUACUCAGAAUUUCCACGCAUUUAUUCAAGUUUAUGAAUCAGGAAUUCAGCUAAUCAGGUUGUUUCUCGAAAGAAUAAUUUGUUUUAAAGUAUGCAAAAUUAUUGUUCUUGAAUGUGCUGCUGUAAUACAUGAAUACACUUCUUUUUAUUGUAUUACAUGGUGAAUCAUUAUGAUCAGCCCCAUAGAUAUUGUUGCUACAUUCAUAUUGUUUUCUACUCCAUACUUUUGUUUUUCAUACAUUGUACGCAGAAAAAUUGUAUGCAAGAUUAUAUGACUGUUAAGCUCGUUGUAUUAAGCCUACUAACCAAUCACUCCUGAUUUGAUUGCUAAAAUACUCAGAAUUUUCAUGCAUUGCUUGCAGUUUAUGUGUCAGCCAGUCAUCAAUAAAGUAAAGCAGCCCAAGACAUGACCAUGAUAUGUUCAUCGCAUACGUUAAGAAUUUGACAAUAAGAUCAUGAGAAUUAAUCAUUCUAUCAUAGUAUUCGUUCCAGGUGUUUCAGACAAUAAAAAUUAUUUGAAAACAAUAUAUUUUUAAACAAAUAGCAAUUUAUAAUGUACCUAACCAUAAAGCUAUUCUUCCUAAAACAAAACAAAAAGGGGAGAGGUGAACAGGUUUGUUUAUUUGUUUAUUUUUGUACCUGAUUUCAGUUUUUCUAAUGUUGGAUUGGCUGCCCAUGCGAUGCCGAGUAUGAUCGAUGUUUUAUUAAUAAUUAAUUACAAGUUUUAGUGGAUAUCACUGCAAAUAUAUACUGCAUGCAUGAGUGAAUAAAACAAUUUUGAUAAAUGGUACAAACAGACCUUUGGCGGAAAGUACUUGUAUCUUAAUUUCCCAUUUAAAGUCAAAUUAAUAGUUAGUAUCCUUUCCUUAAAUCAUACCCGUUGGAGCCACUCUGAAUAAAGAAAAGCUAAAUGUGGGGAAGAGGCAUGGAGAAAACAAAGUAAGAAAUUAGGAGGGAAAAAAAUAAAGACAUCAAGGUCCGGAAAACAAGCCGGCGACGGCAGUGGAAUCUUGACCUAGGUUACGUUGUUGACACGCCACUAUAGGGUCAUUCUCAAAAAAAUGUUACAAUUCACAAAAAACGUGUCUUGACUAUCUUAUGGCCGCUAGCUUCACAACCUUAACAUUUUCUACAAAAAUAUUAUCAAGAAAAUGACAAUAAUAGACUAGCUCCA